AUGAUUCGGUUUCUAGGCGCUAGUCCCGCCAGCUCCACGAUGCAUCAGACCCUGCGUCUUAUGUGCUACCAAUUGAUUCUCUGUUUGGAUUUUCGCAGAAUGCAUGAGCCAGCCACCAUGAAAUCAAACGAGAACACCGUAGACUUCUUCUACAGUCUACUUAAACAGUUUGCUAGUUCAUAUGAACUAUCUUCCUCAUCUGCCUCAGCAAGUUGUGCCCGAAUCGUCAUCUAUUUGGACGGCCUCGACCUGUUGGAGGGUCGCGAUACUGAUUGCCUGGCUGCUCAGCUUAGCUGGCUCCGUACUCCUUUACCGGCAGGAACCAGGCUCAUUAUCUCAACCUGCUCCGAAGCUGCCACAGCCUCCUCCAUGUGCUUUGGCCUUGUGGACGCUCUUUCUGCUAGAAUAAGGCUUUCGCCUUCGAAGUUGGCCUCGCCCCAAAAUGCCUUAAGUAUGCUUACACAUGGCCGUAUUUCAUCCAACUUAUUACAGAACAAGCAGUCUAUGUUCACGUCAAAUCUGCUGGCUCCUUAUUCUGAAGUUGGCCAUUCAUCUUCUAAGGACUUGAUCUUCGCUAAAGAUGAUUCUUUACUGCAGAAAACCACCAAUAAAGAGAAAAUCCAGAAGAGUAAUUUGAAAUUAAAAUAUGAUUCCUUUACAAAUCACUUGGUUCCCGUACUGAUCAGGCAUGGCAGUAAGCAGUCUGAUACUGAUUCAGAAGUUCAGGAUGUGCGACGAAGUUCAUAUUCCUCCAACGAUUAUAAUCUCCAAAGACUUCGGUCAAAAUUUGAAAAUAAGCAGACUACCGAAACUGGCGUAGUUCCUUCACAUCGCUUCAAUAAAACUGAUUUUCAAUCUAAGUCAACUCCCUCCAUAAUCGACACGGCUCUAGGACAUGAUUCUGGACAACUUCCACUUACUUCCCAUUGCUAUCCAUCCGUCACGAAGCAGAGGUUCCUCGCGCCCCUCUCAGUUACAGAUAAUUAUCUAGAUGCUGAGACACGGUUUUUAGCCCCACUUCAGAAAAGCGUUCUGCUGCCAUGUCACCAAUACCAGGAGCAUUCCAAACACGAAUUGCAGUUUAGGGAGCAUCCUUUACUUCUGCACAUGGAACCAUUAAAGCCUGAGGAGUGUUUAAACAUUUUGGAGGAACAUUUGACCGCUCUGGGAAGAACGCUACAACCUGAUCAAUGGCAAUUAGUGGCUAACGUAUUCCAGAAACUAAGUUUUCCAAUCUUCAUCAGCGUAGUUAAAUGUCAGGUUUUUUUCGUUUCCAUUUACUCAGAAGCUUGGGAUAAUGCUGGUAUCGACAAAGGUCACCUUAGAUUCGCAAUUGGGGAGAGCAUUAACUCGACAAUAUGGCUAUUAAAUUGGAAUAGUGCUGAAAGAUGCACAACUCAAGUACAGUCUGAGGAAAAUGAGCAAGCAAUAGCUCUCGUUUAG